AUGUCCUUAUCCGAGGCAGUUGGGCUUCUUCAACAGUCCCACGUCAGUAAUGCGCUAGACAACCCUACAAAGGCAAAGAAAGAAUGCCUUCAGGCCAUGAAAAUCUUAAACGGGCUUGCACAGGACCUGCAAAAUGUGGCCAUGAGUCGGGCUACUAUGAAGUAUUAUGACAUUUUGGCCACCAAAAAGCCAGAAACUACAGAGAAGAUGUUGUGGUUGAACUCCAAGAUCUACGACUUUCACUAUCCCGUUUUGGAAUUCUCGGAAUCGCUCGAUUCUGGUCACUUUCCGGUACCGUCAUUCACAGAAACCGAUCCAUCGAUUACCAUGAUUCCACCGUCAAUUGAGGCAAGAUUCGAGGCUGUAUCCAUCACCAACUGGUCACAAUCGAAAAGUGUAUCUGAUUUAUACCAGGAUGUGCUCACAAACUGCUCAUUUGUGUCGUCGUUGCUCUCGCUCGUCGAUCUAGGAUAUCCACUUCUUGAUUUGGUAUCACCAAAGGGUCCCAGCGAUCAAUAUCGGGUGCGUCUCCACUUCAACGGAACUCAGCGCUUGGUAACUGUCGACAACCAGCUUCCUUUCUUUACUGAUCGUCGAGAGAGGCAUUUGACAGUAUCGUCAUCAUCCGACACCUCACUCUUGUGGCCAGCAUUGAUCGAAAAGGCCCAUUUGAAGAUUAUGGGGAACGGCUACAGGUUUGAAGGUUCCAACAUGGCCAAUGACACCUACCUUUUGUCGGGAUACAUCCCGGAAAUCAUUAGUUUGCACAACAGUCUUCCAGCCAAUUUUGCUGAAUUAUGGAACCUCCGCAACCAGGGCCAGUUGACGUUGGGAAUAGGCACAGGCAAGCUCUCCAAGACUUUGUCAGCACAGUUAAAUUUGACGUCGAACCACGAUUACUCUAUUGAAGCGUACAAGGCAGGCUCCUUGGUGAUCAAGAACUCGUGGGUCGAAAAUCAAAACCUCGAAAAGAGGUUUAUCGAGGUUUCCGACUACAACCAUUUCAAGUACCUCUAUGUGAACUGGAAGCCUUCAGCAAAAUUUAAGUAUCUGGCCAAAAGGAUGAUGCUGUUCAGCCCAUCGAAAUUGCUUUAUGAACACACCCAGCCUGCAUUGAUCAACCCUACAGACAAGCCACAGAAAGUGUGGGCUCUCUUGGAGCGCAGCUUGCCCAACAAGCAUGAGGACCAGCUCAUCAUGGUUUCCAUAUACAAUUCCAACCGGGACAAAUUGUUCACUCCCACUCAGUACCGUUCAGUUCCUAACGACCAUGUGACCAACAACAGAAUCAAGUUGGAAACAUUUACCAUGGAGCCUCGACAGGCAUACACUAUGGUGGUAACGAGUAAUUAUCCGUGUUACUUUACCUUGACCCUAUACCACAAUAUAUCCCCCGAUUUCAACUGCAAAAUCGCCCGGUUUCCGUUCCUGGAUCAUCUUCUCAAAGUUGACGGUGAAUGGAAUACAAACAACAGCGGAGGAAACUGGUCAUUGUCCACAUUCAUGAAAAACCCACAGUUCAGCCUUGUAGUGAAACAAGACACCCACUUGCUUAUGGGACUAUUUGCAUCUAACGAUGCUCCAACACUCGUGGGGUUCCAUUUAUUCCACUCAGAGGACCACAAUUAUGACUAUCCAUUGCGGGACUUUGAUAAAACCAAACUAAUAUUCAGUGAGUCGUACACCCCAGGCUUCCAAACCCACAAGCUCCACUUGAAAAAAGGAUACUAUAAGUUGAUCUUGUCAACAUACGAAAGAGUAGUACACCAGAACUACCGUCUUGUCUUCAAUCCAGAGGCUGCAACUGCAAUCUCUGUAGAAAAGAUCCAUAAUACCUUGGGGUUAUUCUUGGAGAAGUCUUAUUUCGACUGGAACGGCUCGAAUCGCUACAAAAUGAAGUUUUCAACCCACGACUUCAAUGUUGCAGUGACGUUUCAAUUAAUGCACCUGAAUGGUCAUGGAGGAGAGGAGGUACUUUCCAGCUACCGACCAGGCGUUAGGGGGUCUGUUUUCAGUGCAGACGGCAGAGCCAUAAAAAUAAACCAGGAAUGGAACGAUUCUUUGCAUGGAGUUUUUGUGGAUGCAACCUUGGAUAUGCCAGGCAACUAUAUUCUAUUGGUCGAGAGACUUGAACUGGGUGCAGGCAGAUGUAAUGUGGAGGUGGGAAGCAGCAAGAAGUUGAUAAUAGAGAAGGACUAG